AUAUGUUUAUUAUCUCUGUAUCCUUAGAUAUUGCAAAAAAAAACUUGAAUUAUUUAAAAACAUAUCAAAUUAAAUAUAUAAUUAGAUUAUUUAAUAUGAAUACGCUAAAUGAGUGGGAUAAAAAAUUGCUUACCGAUGUUUUAGACGAGGACAUAGAAAAUGUUUCAAUUUCUUUAAAGAAUGGUGCCAACAUAGAAGUACAACUUUAUGACCAAAUGACGCCAUUGCAUUUUGCAGUUGAAAAUGGAAGUUUGGAAAUGGUUAAACUUUUAUUAGAACAUGGAGCAGAAGUGAACAAGUCGUCAUAUUUUGGUGAUAGCAUUUUGAUGACUGCCACUAAGCGUGAAAAUAAAGAGAUUUUAACAAUUCUUUUACAAUACAGAGCAGACGUUAAUGUGCAAGAUACAAUGAAAAGAAACGUCCUUCACUAUGCCAUUAUGAAAAGAAACUCGGAUAUAUGUAGUAUUUUAUUAGAAAAUGGCGUUUUUGUGAAUCAACCAGAUAUUUUUGGAGAAACUCCUAUAUACGCAGCGGUUAUUAGACGUAUGGAUUUAGAAAUUAUACAAAAGAUGGUAGAAAAGGGUGGUAUAAUAUCAAAUACAGAUGCAUGUGGUCAUACUGCCCUUCACCGCCUUAUUUUAAUGGCAUAUAAAGAAGACAAUGAUACAGUAAAAUACAUCGACAAUCUUUUGUCGAUUCACAAAGAGUUAGCUACUCUGCCAAGCGCUGUAGUUGAUCGCACACCUUUACACGUUGUUGCAUUUACCGGAAAUCUCGAACUGUUGUCAGUAAUAUCAGCUCACACUUCUGAGAAAGACAACAGCGAAUCGUUAUUUAGUAUUACUCCAGAAGAACUAGCAGUUGUAUUUGAAAAUAACGAAGUGGCUAAAUUACUAGACAUUGAUCUAGAAGAUGACGAAAGUCUACUAAGAGAAUCCAUAUCUGAUUAA